ACAAAAGGUGGAGGAGGAAAAACGCCGAAGCCCAAAACCAGAGGAAUUUUAUUUUAUAGCGCUUCGUUCCGUUCGACGAACCGCCAUGGUUGCGAUCGCCGUUUCGCGACGCACAGAGAGCCUCUCUGCAAUUGGAUCGCGUUAAAUCUGUACAGUUAGGGUUAGGGUUAAGUUAUAAAAAGGGGAUUUUUGACGCCGACGACGCAGUAGGAACUAGGGUUUCGAAUCUGAGAGAGCUGCAGGGGUUUUAGAUUUCGAUUGGAACCCGAAAUUGUUGACCUGAAUUAGAUACUGUGACUAAAAUUUGGAAUCGAAGCAGGAAAAGAAGGGUUCUUGGGGAUUUCGUUUAACAUGCGGGGAUUGCACAAAACGAAAAGGAUUUCUUGGGCUUCAGAUGUUAAUCUUUGUCAGAGGAGAAUAAGCCCAAGACUUGGGCCGCUUCCAACAUGGGAGGGCCAUAUCAUAAGGAUAACUUCCACAUUAUCUGCUGGGGCAUGCAAAGCUAUCAAAGCUAAAGGCUUGUUGGGGUCUUGGGUAAAGCUGUUUCUCUUGGAGGAAUCUCCUUCGCAAGUUGGGCUGAGCGCUCAAGAUCACCUCCAAGCAAAGGCAUCUUGGCCAUCACAUUCAUCUGGAACAGGCUCAGAUGACACUCUACCCCCUGGAUUUGAGGGAGCUCAUCCGGCAAAUCAGCCGCAGAUUGACUUGUCUCAAAUUCCUUUGAUCAAAUGGAGAUGCCCUCCUAAGGUUGUACUAAACUUCACUUGGCAAGUGGUUUCUGGGGAGGAAAGCAAAGAGAUGGAGAUUCAAAAUCAGAGAGAGAUAAGAGUACUGGAAGCUGUUUAUCCACGGCCAUCUGCCAUUCCUUCAAACCCCUCUGUUUUGGCAGAUGUUGAAGACUCUAGUCAUACUGGUGGGCAACCUCUUAUCAUACCUAUUACUCCUAUUGAAGACGAAGAUGCAGGAGGUGAAACAUCAUCUGAAUCCGUGGAAGCGUUUAACAUUUCCACAAGCUCGCAGUCCUUUCUAUCCGUUCAGGGAAUUUCGGCUCCAUCUCAAAACAAUAUUCCUAACAAUGGAAACCACAUACCUGCAACACUUGGAAUGCCUACUGCAGCAGAACCUGAUGUUGUAGCUGCUGCCCUUGGUGCAAUUGUGAAUAACAAUGAGCACGGAAAUAUGAUUGAUCAUGAAUUGCUCAUUAAGAUUCUCAGCAACCCAAAAAUGAUUGAGAAAUUGGUUACAGAUCAACAACCAAUAACAAGGCCACCCCAAAUGGGCCUAUCAGAUUCAUCUCACAUGAUCAGGACAGAAAUCAGCACACCUUCAUCAAGUGGACAUUUCUAUCCCCCACCAAACGUUGCUGGAAUGGGACAUUUUCCUGAUGCACGACUACCUCCUCCUGCAUCAAUUUCAGUUCAUUCUUCGCCUUCUGUUGGACCACCUCCACUAGCAAAGGACAUCAACUAUUAUAAAAGCUUGAUUCAACAACAUGGAGGAGACAGGCAGGACAACUUUCCACCAUUUGGAAACCGACAUAGCGAUCAUUCAUCUGUAAACCAAGAAUCCAAUAAUAACUACAAACCAAGAGAUUCAAAGCCUAAGAAUAUGAAGCCUUGCAUAUACUUCAACAGUGCAAGGGGAUGCAACAAAGGAGCAAAUUGCACAUUCCAGCAUGAUGCAUCGUCCCAGCCACGAGGUGGUAGUGUGCCGGAGGUGCACAAGACAAAGAGAAUGAAAAUGGAUAGGGAGAUUAGCAGUUAGUGUAGCUACUACUACUUCCUGUGUGUACAUCUUUCAAUUGCGGAGCCUCCUAGUGUGGCUCAAAAUUGCCUUUUGAGCUAGAUUUUGUCAAAAUUUGUUUAAUUUAUGUUGUUAUACCCA